AUGUUUACUGGUCAGGAUUAUCACUCCGUAAAUUCUACCUCUGCCAAAAAAAAUGACAGUAACAAGCGUAGUCGCGACGACACAUCAAAAAUCAUGAACAAUAAAAUACCGCAUAAAAAUGCUUCUGCCGUUGCUGCUACCACUGCGAACCCUGUUACAGCUAGGCCUUUGGACCCCAGUGACAUGAAUUACAGUACCAAUAUGGCCGGUAUGGUUGAUCCAAUGCACCAUUAUACUGCAGCCGACAUUUCCGGUGGCGCUUCCGUUAGAAAUUCUUUACCGCCCCAAUAUGCUAACAUGGCAGUUGGAAACGCUAGUUUGCAUAACCAAGAAAUUAAUGCUAGUGCUAGCCCAAACUACCACCAAGCUGCAUAUCUUCGACAACAACAAGAAGAACAACAACCCAUGAAGACUGAAGACGAGUCUCAACUUUACGGUGAUAUCCUAAUGAGCUCUGGCGUUGUACAUGAUGUCAAUCAGGAUUUAGCCACUCAUACAAACAUAAACCAGCUGCCUUCUGGGCCCAAAUCUGUCCCAAACGAUGUCACCACUGUUCCAGGUAAUAGCGCAACCGCUGCAGCUGCUGCAGCUGCUGCCGCUACAGCUGCUGCCAACACCGCUAACACAAGUGCUUUAAAUAAACAAUUGUAUUUUAUGAAUAUGAAUUUAAACAACAAUCCACAUGCCUUAAACGAUCCGUCCAUCCUGGAAACUUUAUCACCAUUCUUUCAACCUUUUGGUGUGGACGUGGCACACUUGCCGAUGACAAACCCACCAAUUUUUCAAAGUUCUCUGCCUGGAUGCGACGAACCUGUUAGAAGAAGAAGAAUUUCGAUUUCUAACGGUCAAAUUAGUCAAUUGGGUGAGGAUAUUGAGACGUUAGAAAACCUACAUAAUACCCAGCCACCUCCUAUGCCGAACUUUCACAAUUAUCAGAAUGGUGCAAAUAAAAAUAAAAAUGUACCGCAUAGACAGACCUUCAACCAAAUAGCGCCAGUCGAUAUUCCGUUGUAUGGCGCAAAAAAAAAUACCAAUCCCUUGAGUGGCACUAGUUUGGCAGACCAAAAUGCAGACUAUACGAAAGAUYAGCGUCAGCAUUUUGCUGGCUCGCUAUCAAAAAAUAUUACAUCGGAGAGCGCAAGCGAUCUUGAGGGCAUGACGACAUUUGCGCCAACUACCGACAGCGGUAACUCAACGAAUAAGAACAUGAGCAAAUCUUUACUCAAAGAAUCUCACUCCAAUCCCAGUUUCUCCUCAAGAUCACAAGCAUCUCACAUGGAUUUAGCAAAUAAUGCUCAAGAGGAGCCAACCCCUGGUACUACGGCAUGGAAAAGAGCGAGGCUGUUAGAAAGAAACAGAAUUGCAGCUUCGAAGUGUAGGCAAAGAAAAAAGGUUGCUCAGCUGCAGUUGCAAAGGGAAUUUGAUGACAUUAAGGACGAGAAUAAAAUUUUGCAAAAAAAACUAAAUUAUUAUGAGAAGUUGAUUUCUAAAUUUAAGAAAUUUUCUAAAAUUCAUCUACGUGAACACGAAAAAUUAACCAAAAAUUCGGACGAUAAUGGUAGUACAAACAGUGGUAUCAAGAGCGAAAGCACGACUGUGGACUCAUUAAAAAUUAUUGAGGAAUUGCUGAUGAUCGAUUCAGACGUAACAGAAGUGGAUAAAGAAACCGGUAAAAUCAUUACAAUCAAACAUGAACCGUAUUCUCAACGUUUCGAUAGUUAUGUCGAUGAAGAUGAUAUGGAUCUUGUUGGUGAUAAACUCACAGGAAGUAGAAAUAAUUCAGAAAAUCAAUCAUUAGUGGAUUCUGAUAAGGAUGUGAAAGCAUCUAACCUCAAAGAACACGACGUUGUUUGA